ACAAGAAGAGAACGCAAACAAAAAAACACAGUGGCAGGGGGGAACGAGAAGCACAUCUAAUAAAAACAGGACACCCGCAAGCAGCACCAAAGGAAGGUGAAAGCGCAUAUCGAACGCAACAAGAUCACCGAGCAGAACUUGAGCACCACCAGAGAUUUGUUGAUCUAUUUACUCCAGAUUUCGCAAGGGUAUCAACGGAACUAUUUGCUUCUUUAAUUUGUAGACAUGAUGCACCCCCAGACAAUGAACCUCUAACAACAACAUAUCUAUCUGGUUCAAAUCAUUUAGCAGUUUCCAUGGACGGUUUGUUUUAGUCAAGAUUAUAAAGUGAAUGUGGAGGACUGUGCACAAACUCAUUUUCCUAUUCAUUUACACGCACAUGGCACGAAGCACAUGCAGCGUCACCAGGCAUGAUAUAUGUUAUAUUUAGCCAAUGGGAAUAUUUUGGUUUCGGAAAUUAGGGGGAAAAAAGGUAAAAAAAAAAAAAAAGCAAGAGCGGGUACUAGGUAUAACACUUGUUAUUUCUCCAUGUCAGAAGUCACAUAAUGACAAAGUUAAGAAAACAUAAAACCACCAUAUAUAGUAUGCCUUUUUCCUGAAAAAUUAUUAAGCAAUGGCUGUGAUUGAGAUUCAAGCCUAUAUGCAACUUUUCUUCAUUUUGCUACUCUCCACCAUUGUGGUUCAAGCCAUACUAACCAGGAAAAAGAACAAGGGCCAUCACCCCCCGAGCCCUCAUAUAUUACCUAUUGUUGGACACCUUCACCUUAUUUCUAAGCUACCUCACCAAAGUUUUCACAAGCUCUUAACUAGUUAUGGACCCAUAGUGAAACUUUUCCUAGGAUCAGUUCCUUGUGUGGUAGCUUCCACUCCAGAAAUUGCCAAGGAGUUUCUCAAAACCCAUGAAUCUUGCUUCUCCAACCGUGUUAGAAAUCCAGCCAUUCACUACUUAUCAUAUGGCUCUAAGGGCUUCUUAUUUGCACCAUAUGGAGGGUAUUGGAAGUUCAUGAAAAAGGUAUGCAUGUCCGAGCUUCUUGGUAGCAAAACCCUUCAUCAGCACCUUCCCUUGAGGCAACAAGAGACUCUGAGGUUUCUUAGAGUUUUAAAAAAUAAAGGGGAGGCCGGUGCGACCGUCGAUGUCGGUAGCGAGCUCUUGACUCUCACCAAUUGUGUUAUAACAAGAAUGACUAUGAGCAUAGUGUGUUCUGGAAAUGAUGGCAAAGAUGUGGAUGAUAUAAGGAAGAUGGUGACUGACACUGCAGAACUUGUAGGGAAAUUUCAUGUGUUAGACUUUUUUCGAUUUUUUAAGAAUUGGGAUUUUCAUGGAAGGUAUAAAAAGCUCAAGGAGAUUCGGGACAAGUUCGACACCAUAAUGGAGAGGGUGAUAAAGGAGCAUGAAGUGGAAAGGAAGGAAAGAGGUGAUGAUGGUGCUCAAAUUAGGGAUCUGCUUGAUAUUUUGUUGGAGAUACAUGAGGAUGAGAGCACCAAGAUAAAAUUGAGCAGAGACAAUAUCAAGGCUUUCAUCAUGGACAUAUUUAUGGCCGGAACUGACUCAUCUGCCGUAACUAUCGAGUGGGCUAUGGCAGAGUUAAUCAACCACCCGCAAGUGAUGGAGAGAGCAAGACAAGAGAUCGAUUCAGUAACGGGGAAUAAAAGAUUAGUACAAGAGUCAGAUCUUCUCAACCUUCCUUAUAUUCGAGCUAUAGUCAAAGAAUCACUAAGAAUCCACCCCACAUUGCCACUUAUAGGCAGAAGAUCAACAGAAAGUUGCAAUGUUGGUGGUUAUGAUAUCCCAGCAAAGUGUCCAUUGUUUGUUAACUUGUGGUCUAUGGGAAGGGACCCCAAUGUGUGGGAGAACCCACUUGAGUUCAAGCCUGAGAGAUUUAUGAGUGAAGAGAUGAAAAAAUUUGAUGUGAGGGGACAGAAUUUCAAACUCAUGCCAUUCGGGACCGGGAGGAGGGUGUGUCCUGGAGCCUCACUAGCACUUCUGGUUGUGCCAACUAAUCUUGCUGCCAUGAUUCAAUGUUUUGAAUGGAAGGUACUUCAUGGGGAAAGGAAUGGGAUUGUUAACAUGGAAGAGAAACCAGCCAUUUCUCUUCCCAGAGCUCAUCCUUUGAUUUGUGCCCUCAUGCCAAGGAGUGUAUCCAAGAUUUUAGUUCAAGAGAGUAUCGUUUAGGGCAUGUUUGAAUACAUAAUAGAAAAUUACGUAAAACUAAGACAACAGUGGAUAAACAUAAAAGCGAUUUAAGGAAAGUUGUUUUUAUCCACCGUAACCCAUCUCCUUCGCUUCCACUUUCUUUUAAGUUCAAAAUUGUUACAUGGUCAUGUAUUGGUAUAAUGUGCUCGUGGGUGAUUCAUGCAUACCAUGUCCAUGUGUGUGUUUUUCUUAUUAUUAUCUUUUUGCUGUUGAAUAAGGGGAGAUGAAUAAAUUUUUCCCAACUUUCUAUAUUUUUUUUGUUACUGUUCUUAUAACAAUUU